CGUGGCAUUAAGCAGGUGUAAAUAUAGACUCAUAUUAAACCUGCAGAUUACAUCCGUCAUUAGCCCCAACCAACCUGCAGGCUGCAGAUUUCUACUCUCACAGAGGCAGCUGGCUUAUGGAUGACAGGAAUCUGGGAACACUCACUGCAGGAGGACGGAUCCUGGCAGAUACAGAGUGUUCCGACACACACACACACGGCAGAAAAGCCAAUUACGCUUUCUCUUUGUCAGCUAAUGCCAUUGAGUCAUCGGGAGACAAAACACUGCGGCGCACUCCAAACACCAGGCCUAUACUGGAGUAUCCAGGUCAAACUGCUUCGACUCGUGCUGCGGAAACAGGAAGGAGGAGUCCGACAUUAGAGCGCCAUUCAUUUUUGUCGAGGAAAGUUGUGGUGAAUGACAGCGAGCUGAGGAGAAAGGGGAGCCGAGUGUCUGUGCCCCGCUCCAAGAGAGCCCUCUGGAGGGCCCAGUUGGAUCGAAACGCAAGGUCUGAAUGAGGUCAUGGAGACGUGGCGCAUGCUGGCCACAUUAUUUCGGUCUCACAAUUGAAACCACUCAAAUCAGCCGUUUUCGAUCACCAUCCUGCCCUUGCCCGAGGUCCAGACCCCGAGGCCAGGCACAGGCAAGCGUCCCAAGUUUAGUUCUGGCUCAUGUCUGUCGUGGUGAAGGAGGAGCUGAGCUAGAAGGUAAAGCACUUGGUCCAUCAGUCGGGCGAUGACUUGGUCAAGGUAGUGGCAAAGCUGUGGGGUAGCCGGAGUUUCCCUUGCAAAGGUAAGAGGCGCCCUGAGAACGCCUCAGAGUCUGGGUCGACUGCUUGGGAUUCCAUUUUAAGGUUCACGUUCCACACUCUACUGCGAUGGAGUCUAAGCCUUUUUAAUCUUGUGUGUUUUAGUUUUGCACAGCAGAAGAGAACGUCUGCAGAAAAAAAGCUCUUCAAAGACUAGUCGCCAUGGAAACGAGGCCUUCAAUCUCAAAUCCACCCAGUCUCUCUGGUCCUGAUGACGACGGGUUCUGGAUGGAGGAGGACUUCAGUACAAUAGCGGCCUCCACCGUCAGGGAGGGCCUCCCAAAUUCCAGCAAAGUCUCCCAAAUUCCGGCAGUGAUCACCAAGUACUACACAGUGACUGACGAGGAAGGCUCUGAUGAUGUGUUCAUCCCAUGUCAGCCAGCAGAGGGCAGCGCUCCUACACAGGAGGGUAAUACCUGUGUGACCCUUGUAAACGGGGCAGCUGACGCCACAGAAGCUGCAGCUAAUCCCGGCAGCUUACCCUGGCAUCAUGGUGAGGAGCACCGCGGAGUGGCACACGGUGUGGUGGAGGAAGUGAUCGCAGGUGCUGCGAGCAACACGGGAGAGGGAAGAGCACCGUCCACAUGGAAGCUCUCUAGGGAAGCCACUGGCGAGGGAGGAGCUCAGCCCAAACAUGACGGCGGGGACAUCGCGCUUUUAAGUGGGGUAAUGGACCUUUGGGGAGAAGCUACCAUGGAGACAGACAAGCAUUCCAAACCAAAGCUCGCUGAGAAAGAGGAACAUUCCGACACUGAGGCAGAUCGGCCUGUGAUCCACAUCAACCAAUCAGGAUCAGCCUCAGAGCCAGGAGAACAGGAACAAACAAGGAGUGGCAGUGACGAGAGUGGUGGCGACGCCAUCUUCAGCAGGAUGGUGCCAGACUGUGGCACCUGUGAGACCAAAGACCCAGAUGGGCAUGACAAAAGCACAAGGAGCAAGCAGGAGGAGAAAGUUUGGGGAAUAGCUACCAAGAUAAAACAAGGCGAGGAACUUCUGCAGCGUCUGCAACUGGUUCAACAGCGGCAGGAUGAACACAGCGGGGACAGCGUGCCCAACCUGGAGCAGCUAGCUAGCCAGGGGGAUGAGCAGAGUGAAGCUCAGUUUGGAGGUAAGGCUGCAGAUGUGGUGAAGAGGGAUGUGGUUUUAAACACGGAAGAAACAGUGAAGAUCACGGUCAGUGUGGAUGUCGCUUCGAUGGCAGGGGUGUUAGAACACCCCAGGGUUGAGGGAAAGGAGUCUGAAGACGCCUCAGCCAUCCUGGCGGAAGGGACCACUUCCUUUCUGACAGCCAAGCACCGGUUCUCAGCCGCUGAGACCGCGUCAGAAAGACAAGCUCACGAGGUAGCGCAGGAGAACCUCCAGAGAUCCGAAGGAGUCUACGACCUGUCGGAGAAUCCAGAUGUGCUGGAGAUCCCCUUCAAGAGCACCGUCGAGCUGGAGCCAAAACAAGAUCCAGAGCAAGCGCUGCAGAAGGAGACUCCGAAAGAGCUUGGCACUGCCCUCAUCAUGGACAGGGUAGAAAGGGGCUUUGGUAAAGGGGAAGUCAGCCAUUUACAGGAGACUAAAAUGUUGUUCGAAGCUUUCCAGCAGGCCAGCUCAGGUGGGCCAACGCGCCAGAGGAAAGCGGCGUCCUCCCAGAUCAAGGCCAACAUCUACCCCUCAGUGUUGGAGCGCACCCGGAGCCUGGAGGGGUUUUCGCUGAAGAGUCGGCCCAUUUCCAGAGCUCACUCGCUCCGACUGCUGAAGUCUGGAGCCGCAGAGAGGGAGAAGAGUCCAGACAACCUCAGGACCAGGAGUCCUACCGGAGGUCCCCGGGACAAGACGCGCUUGUCGCCCUACCCCAAACAGGAUGUGCGUCUGUACAGAAGCAUGGACUCGAUUAGCGCCUCCACGGCGGUGGAGGCGGAUGCACAGGAGGAAAAGCAGGAGUCGCCGCUCCUGAGGCGCAAUCCUUUCUUCAAGCUGCGUCCAGCUCUGGCCAAGCAGCCAAUGGUGGAGAAGGACAUCAGGGAGGCCAAGGAGAGAGAAGAAGAGCUGCGCAGACAGCGAUGCUACUUGUACAGAGAGAAUCACCUCCGUCGAAGCGAACCGCCUUCACUCAAGACAGAAUCACCAGAGGUGAAGCAGCAGUCGAGGGGGAAGCUGGUUGGAGUUUGGCCUCCACCCUCCAAGAAGGAUCUGUUUAGAAAGGAGCAGACAGAGCAGGAGCCAAAAGUUCACAGAGCAGCCGGUCAGAAGGCUUCUCUUUGGCAGCGCUGGGAGUCUGGACAGAUCAACACGCCGGCGCAUGGAAACAACUGACCCGCCACUGCUACAUCUCACACUCCUCCUUCAUCACAAAAUCUGCUCGCAAGCUCAAAAUAGUUGAAAUAAAUCAAAGGUUUCACACACUUUAGUUGAACAACCCACCAUGACACAACAUGACUAAUAAACCGGCAGCAUAAUACAUGAAAUAGUGAACGUUAUAUGCAACUACAUUGCUUUUGUUUUUUACUUCUUGUGUCAAGUACGCAGAAUAGUUUGACUUGACUAUUUGGCAGGGUAAGCAAGGAAGUCUUCUAGUGAAAACCAUUGUAAAUGUCAUCACGUGCAUGUCAUUUAUUGUAGGAAAAACAAAAAAUAAAGUAAUAAAUAAAAGAAAAAAAGGAAAGGAAAACAAAGACAUCAUUUGUUUUGUGAAAAAAGGCAACAAUACUAAGACAAAAUAAAAUAAGGAAGAUAAACGAGAUGAUAAACCACGCAUAGUUGCACUGAAAAUAACGUCAUUGUUGUGGUAGUUUAGGCUGGUGACCACUAGAGGGCGCUGUUCACUUCUCUAUGACAGGCGGCUUGCAAGAGCAACUUGAGAAGAUUAAUGGGAGCUCACGCAUGACGUCAUGCAACUCAAACCUCAAGGCUAAUUUCUCAUCUGAAAACAGAAUGAAAGUCUGAGGCGGAUAUUUUGGAUCAUGGGGCAGCAUGAAAGUGAGGAGGCCGAGCAUGCGAGUGGAUAUGUGAAUGAGAAGAGUUCGGACCGCAGCUUGAGACAAAGACGCAGUUGAGGAGAAAGUAGGGAUGUUGUGCAACUGAUCUGCUGAGUCAUGACUCAUCCGUCUGAGUCACUAGUUCAAGAUGACGAAAGGUGAUUUCAACAGUCCGCAGACAGUUCUGGACCCAAACCCUGUCACUGGUUGACAGCGAUAGAGACACACACACACACACUAGAGUUGGUAGUGGUAUCCAUGUGAGGACAGGGGUCAGCUUGCUCACCAGAGGUCAUGCGAGGACACGGUCAGGAAAACAAGGAAGUGAGCAUAAGAUCUGCACCGGCCCGUCCAUUUCAUCACAUCUCUGCUGUCAGAGGUCACACUGCUGCAGUCAUGUUUGCCAGCUCUGGGCUUUCAUGCCAACACAAGUGGAACAAGUGGAGAGUGAGGUCAGUAUUUGUCGCUCCACAAUGGCUGCGGCCCGUUCAGAGUAUCCCCCUGGGAUAGCAUUGCCCUGGGACUAUAUCAGCCACCCUUUGUGUCUGCACUGUGGCAAAGCAGCGGAGAGACAUCACCAGACUGGGCUCACUGGAGCUCAGUGGGUUCGGCUCAGGUCCCUCUCCAACACUGACUUCUAUUUCAGGAGCCAAAGGAACAACAACAUUCACUCAGAUCCAGGCACAGAACCGGGAUUAGGAUGCAGUUACAUCAAGGAUCCUCACUUCAGAAACCAAAAGAGAGACUCCCAGGAGAGGGAGAGAUAAUCCCCUCCAAAAAUGUUGGAAUGAUCUGGGAAUUCUCAAGAAGCUCUUGGAAAAUCUUACUUUCAUCACAUGAUUUCUCCUCACACAACAGCAGCCACUGAAAAUAAAGUACAAAUUCUAGUAGAAAAA